CGGUGGUGUCCGGACGCGUGUUUGUCCGCAUUAAGCUGUGUCAUUUCCCAAUUUCACUCAUCAACAUGACACGCUCGUUCCCAUCGAUUGCCAACUUGAGCAACGAAGCGCUCUGCGACCUCUUCGAGCUUCCACAAAAGGAGGCGGCAGCCAAGCUCGACUCGUACGAAGGUGCACUAAUUCGGCUUUGCCGGUCGCGGGGCUACAGCAAAUGGCCGUACCGGCAGUUGGCCGCGAUCACACAAAAGAUUAAGCGUCUCGAGGCAAUUCUCGCCGAGAACCCAGGCAGCUCAAUGCCUCUCAUCCAGGCGCUGAUCGAGCAGCACCAAGCCGAGUACCAAGCCAUAAAAACCCGCAAACCAGACUUCAAGAACCUCAAGUUGGCCACCAAGAACGACGAGAAAGCUGUCGAGCAAGUCACGCCAAGCAAAAUGUCUCUUGAUUUCGUCUUGUGUAGUGCCACAUAACAUGUUUCACACCUAGUAUACCUAUAACUAUUACUGAUGUCACUGAAAAACGCCAGGUAAUAGGUACUAGCUGCCAAUUGUACGAAGCCCGCAACAAUGCAGCACGAAGCUUGUUGACAUUCAUGUGCACAUUAUUGAACGCAAGAACAUCAAAGCCGCCAAAGCACCGGUACGGGCUAGAGUGGUAGCAUGCUCACCUCGGGCCGAGCACUCGCUGAAGCAGAGGUUGCCGUCAUGGGAUCAUCACCUCGCGUACUCUGCCCAAUUAGAAAUAAUCUCUAUUUUGUACUGUUAACCUUAGUACACGUAUUUGGUAGCCUCGGUACACAGUAGCUGGCUGGACGUACCGCGCAGUCGGUGCCAAGCCACCAAGGCUACACAAUGUAUAUUGAAAAUGUACGAAGUACCGUUGCAAGCCAUUCGGACACGCGUGUUUAGCUGGCACCGACU